AGCGACAGUAACUAACUCUAGAUAUACGCAGAGGUAUAGAAGCGCCGCGGUUAUCCGGGACUCCCCUCCCCCCGGGGAAAAAAAAAAACUACUCAGAUUUAUCUGAGAUCACUUGCGCGCAACUUUUACGCAUUAAACCCGAGAUAUCUGGAGAGGCUCAGCUCAGUUCCAUCGCCUGUCUGUGUCUGCACGGAGUGAGAAAGUUUGCCCACUGCGCUGCACUAUUGAGAUUUUGACUGCUAAAAGACCGGACUGUUUUAUCAGCCGACCGUCCUUAUCUGCAAGGCAGGGAUUCCCCAUCAAGGCACAAAAGUUCAUUGGAGGAGGGUGGAAGAGAUUUGUGGACAUAACAUCUCCGCGGUACUGAGACUAACCGAAGAAGUCAUCUCCGUAUUUAUCAGUUUUCAGCCCGGAAGUAUAUUUUGGAAGAAAAAAUGUAUCAAAGCCUGGGUUUGUCUUCCAAUCCGUCCCCUUACACACACGACACCGGGAAUUACAUCCAUCCCUCGGCCAGUUCCCCUGUCUACAUCCCCUCCACCAGAGUCCCUGCCAUGCUGCCCACCCUGCCCUACCUGCAAACCUGCGACUCGCCCCAUCAGUCUCACGGCCUCAGCGGUCACCACGGCUGGCCCCAGGCCGGCACAGACGGCUCUUCCUUCACGCCCAACAGCCCCCACCCUACGCACGGAUUCUCCUACUCGCACAGCCCGCCUGUGAGCGCGAACACCGGGCGAGACGCGACCUACCAGAGCCCACUGGUUCUCGGAAACGGAGCUCGGGCGGAUCAGUACGGAGGCACUCUGGUGCGUUCGGUCGGAGGAUCCUACUCCAACCCGUACGCCUAUAUGAGCCCGGAGAUAGCGACGUCCUCCUGGACGCCAGGACAUUUUGAAAGCGGAGUGAUCAGUCUGCAGGGCCGUCAGGGAUGUCUGUCCGGGAGAAGAUCCAGUCUGGACCUGAUAGACGACAUGCCCACAGAGGGCAGGGAGUGCGUCAACUGCGGCUCCGUGUCGACGCCGCUGUGGCGCAGAGACGGUACUGGUCACUACUUGUGCAACGCCUGCGGCCUCUAUCACAAGAUGAACGGCAUCAACAGGCCUCUCAUCAAGCCGCAGAAACGACUGCAGACCACAUCACGCCGGGCCGGCUUGUGCUGCACUAACUGCCACACCAGCACCACUACACUGUGGAGACGCAAUGCUGAGGGAGAGCCUGUCUGUAACGCCUGUGGCCUCUACAUGAAGCUGCAUGGGGUGCCCAGACCUCUGGCCAUGAAGAAAGAAAGCAUUCAGACAAGGAAGCGCAAACCCAAGUUGCCCAAGAAUAAAACAUCCACAGGAUCUGUCACCUCUGACACCAGCUCCCCAACCUCCCUAUCAGUCUCAGAGCAUGCUUCCACUAUUAAGAGUGAGCCCAGCAUGGCCCCAUCACCCUAUACUGGACAGACUGUCACAUCUGCAAGUCAGACUGCUUCUCAGUUGGACAGCACAGGCUCAGGACAUGUGGACAUUAAAUAUGAGGAUUUUCCUUUCACGCCAACCUCCAUGGCCCCACAGAAUUCCUGGUGUGCGCUGUCUCAAGCAUGAGCAAACUCAGCUACAAGAACAAUAUUAACCUAAUUUGGCUUCAUCAAUAAGGCCAUCUCUCCAUCCUGAAAUUUCUUCUCAAUGGCUCUGAAGCUGAGGAGGGACCACAUAAUAUCGGUAUCAAAAGAAGCUGCACAAGAUCAGCCCAAGGACACCUGACAUAUUGUAGCACUCUGUGGCUCUGUAACUGAAGGAUAAACGGCUCACCUGGACUCCAUUUUUAAAGGAUGUAUGCGAGUUGUUCAAAGACUCUGGACUGACUAUUCUAAACUCAUAUCCAGCAACCGUAUUUCCUCAGAGGAACAACUACUACCUAUUGCUAAGAGAUAUUGCUAUUUUUGAUGAUACUUUACACAGCAAACCAAUGCAAGGACAGUCAAGUGGAAUUCUAUGAGCUAUAACCCCUUUUUAUAACUGACAUCCAACUUCAUAUGGGUCAUUUGUUGCUUCAGUAUGAAAUUCUCAGAAGGGGAAGCAAAGUGCAGAAGCAAAAAGACUUCACCUGGACUGGGAGUUUGACUCUUAUCUCUCACAACUUUACAGUUUCAGUUUCAUUCACUGUGUAGUCCAGUUUGGUUUGGUUAAAGCACUACAACUACUUGGUUAGGUAUGGGCACAAAAACUUAUGGUUAGCAUUGUAUACAAACUAUUUGGUUUGUAUAUGGUUAAGCAGUUAAGCAGUUAACCAAGUUACAGUUUGACCAAGAUCAUACUUUUUUACAGCUAGAAAAAAAGCUCCAUUCUUUAGGUUUCUAGGGUUCCACAUUUUCUAUAGGUGACAUCACCUGGGUACAUUUUAUAUGCAAUUAUUCACAUAGCUGUUAGAUGCUACUUAUCUUUUAAAACAUGACUAAGGUUCAUAACUUGCAAAGAUAACCUAACCAGUUGUUUUCAGGGAACAGUUUGAUCAUAUUUUCCUUGUGUUAAAAUGUCAUCCUCACAGCCUCACUGUUGUGUGUGGGGUUUCCAUGAACAUGUUUUCAUGUUAUUGUCACUGCAAGAAAGAAAUCCAGAAAAUGCCUUUAUGACUGUUGAGCAUGUCUCAUUCCCUUGUUGAUAAUUAACUUUUAUAGGCACAUUAUUUGUGUUGAGAUAAGGACAGUUAAAAGUCAUUGUAGACACUAAAACCAGUCAGUUAUGGCCCACUGUUCCCUUGUAGUAUGGCUGUUGUGUUGUAUGUGUCUAAGUGAUGAUGCUUAGAUUAUGUUAGAUUUGUUUUUACAAGGAACAGAAGAUAUAAAAUGCAUCCUGAAAGAAGUGUUUGAAAACCAGGACCAGUUAUUUCAGUUCUGACAUAACUAAAUACGAGGAUUUUUACUGCUCUAAAAUUUCAUCUUAAUGAAAGUGCAAUUACUCUUUUUUUUUCCUUCAAAAGUUGAAGACAAAA